AACGGCUUGCUGUACGACGCUGUCGUCUUCCUCCAUGCAAGAGAUAAUCAUACGCGGGUGACUUGACAGAUUGAACUGGGCAAUUGAUGCGCCUCUAGACCUCCAGCCCAUAAAACCUUCGCCUUCGACCGUACCUUUGCGACCCGAAUGCGAGAUCCCUGACCGUUGCGGCUGUAAGACGUCUGCAGCCCGAUAUGGCGUCCUCGAAUAAGAACCGCAAGCGCUCGUCGUCGCCCUCUUCGUCGCCUGAACAGGCGCCAGACCUCAGCAUAACUGCCGACGACCAAGUGUACCUGCAUGCGGCCGGUUACAAUGAGUCCCCAGAACGCGGUCUCAUUCAAAGCAUGGCGCGCUUCCGGUCUUCGCCCCUCGACUUCAUACGCGAAGUCUCGCUACACUUCUCGGGCUCAGGAUGGCGGUCGUUUGAUGAUCACAUUGGGCAGCCCGAGUUCUACUCGGGUUUUAGCGAAGACAUGAAGGGGCGGGUGCUGAGUAGUCCAAUGCUUGUCGCUAAGGUGCGAGAGCUUGCGACGAAGAGAGUAGAAGUUGAAGCGAAAGAAGGGCUACUGGGAGAGGAAGCGCAGAAUGGGAGUGGAGGUGUGGGCGAGCAGGACAGGAAGCUGAAGAGAAGAGUACAAAUCGAGGAGUCGCUGAUGGAAGUCAGCGAGACAUGGACGGAUGGCAUGAUAUGCAAGAUGGAGAGCAAAGGCUUCAUACGCGGCGCAUACUAUUUGGCUACACAGCUCCUGACAAGAGCAUACCACCAAGGCGUACACGUCUCUAGCGAGGAAGUCCUGCGUCUACGCGCUGUUGCCGAAAAGGCUGCAAAGGACAAACAUUCCAUCAUCUUCCUGCCAUGCCAUCGCUCACACGUCGACUACGUCUCCCUCCAAAUCAUCUGCUACCGGCUCGGCCUUGCCCUCCCUACCGUCAUCGCAGGCGAUAACCUCAAUUUCCCUGUGGUGGGCUCCUUCUUGCAGCAUGCGGGCGCUAUGUGGAUACGGAGGAGCUUUGGAGAAGACCAGCUAUAUGUUACGCUGGUGCAGGCAUAUAUCGAUACCUUGCUGCAGUGUGGUUAUAAUUUGGAAUGCUUUGUCGAGGGGGGUAGGAGUCGUACGGGCAAGCUGCUGCCGCCGAAAUUUGGAAUAUUGAGCUACAUGCUGGAUAGCGUUGCCAGCGGGAGGGUAGAAGAUGCCAUUAUUUGUCCAGUGAGCACGCAGUAUGACAAGGUUAUUGAAGUCGACUCAUACAUCAGCGAACUCCUCGGCCAACCGAAGCCAAAGGAGAACCUCGUGGAUUUUCUGUCCGCUUCCUCGGUUCUAUCGCUCAAGUUGGGUCGAGUAGACGUCCGCUUCCACGAACCAUGGUCAUUGCGCACAUUCAUCGAUCAACAGCGAUCGCGCUUCAGCAAACUUCCGCAACAGCUAGAUACGAAGGAAGACCGCGUACGAUUACUACGAACGCUAGGUUACAAAGUGCUAUCAGAGAUCAACGAUGUGUCGGUGGUAAUGCCAACCGCUCUUGUCGGCACAGUACUGCUUACGCUAAGAGGAAGAGGUGUUGGCAAAGCAGAGCUCAUUAGGAGAGUAGAGUGGCUCAGCGACCGCGUAAGAGCACAGGGCGGUAGAGUCGCCCAUUUUGGCAACCUACCUACCAGUGUCGUCGUAGAUCGAGCGCUGGAAGUGCUAGGUCCUGGACUGGUUGGACUUGUGCCUGGCUUGCCCGAGGACACGUUCUACGCCGUCGACCGAUUCCAACUUUCCUUCUACCGCAACAUGACCAUUCACCUCUUCAUCCUUCAAUCCCUUGUGAGCGCGGCCCUAUAUACGCAUGUCAAGCAAGGCGGCGGACCCGAGUAUCAACGUAUGUCGUACACCGAUUUGCACGCGCAAGUGCAUUUCCUCUCCCAGCUCUUCCGCGGUGAAUUCAUUUUCCCGACAGAAGGCCUAGAUCAUAAUCUUGCCAAGACAGUUGAGGGGUUGGAAGCGGAUAACGUUAUAAAGGUCCAUCGAGUAAAGAACGAAGAAGGUCUGGAGAGAGUGGAAUAUGUGGAGUUGUCAGAUGCGGAGAGAGAAACAGGGAGAGAAAACUUCGACUUUUACUGCUUCCUCAUCUGGCCGUUCAUCGAAGCCGCAUGGCUCGGCGCAAUGUCACUCAUGAUGCUGACGCCGCCCCUCACACGCACCCUCGGCGGUGCGGAGAACUGGCUCGGGCUGAAGCAAGUGCAAGACCGCGCACAGCUCUUCGGAAAAACACUAUAUCAUCAGGGCGAUCUCAGUUACUUUGAAGCUGUGAAUAAAGAGACGUUGAAGAAUGCGUAUACAGGAUUCGAAGAGGAGGGCAUGAUCAUCGUCACCAAGUCCAAAGACAAGAACACUCCUGCCACAAUUAGGUUGGCGGAGGAGUGGGUGCCGCAACGAGGGACGAAAGGUAUAAUAGCCGAGGGACCUCUAUGGCGGUUUGCGGAGCGAAUUAGUUCGAGUCGAAGGGAGGGGAAGAAUAGAAGAGAUGGAGCGACGGUUCAGACGAGGGUGCUGGAAUUGGCGGAUAAAGUUGGUAACGAGUUGUGGGAAGAUGCUGUAUUUGUGGCGAGUAAGCUGGACAAGGCAGAUGUGGGCGAUGCGAAGAGUAAAGCUAAAGCGAGGAGGAAGCGAGGGAGUAUGGCAAGACUCUAGGCAUCUGGUAGUCAUGUGCUAGCCUGAGCUUGUACUUAUGUACAUGUAUUGAAAUGAUAUCCUGGAAUACACUGCAAUGAUGCUAUAUGUGCGCUCAGCCUUUUGCACAUUUUGUUUAUUCACCAUCUUCGCCGCAGGCUAUCAGUGUCCUCAUUCAUCAUACCUUGUCGGUUCCACUACGACUGGGGUAGAUAAGCCACGAUCCUUCGUGCUGCAUGUAAGCGUAACGCUGCAUACGCCUAUCUGCAUUGAUCGACAUGACUCGGCAAAUCC